GCAUUUGGCUUCGCGCCUUCUGCGCUUCCUAAUGCGAAAUAAGGGGACAUGCUAUCUUUCUCUGCGCGUUAUUGGGUCCUUCAUAUCUGUAUUUGUAUAUUCCUCCACAUUUCUUUUUCUAGAGCCGAUCGUUUUCCUAGUGUCCAUUUUUUCUGUUUCCGGGAACUCGAUCGGAAUCCGGUGAAAUCCACUCAAUACCCUACUACCCAUUUCCGAUUUUGGGGGACCAACAUUGAGUUUGGUCCCUAUUAGGAACGAUCAUCAGUUCGCAACACACAGGAUUGAUGAUUCGUUAAAUUGGUUGUUCGUGAUCGGGAAUGGCAAUUGCCGGUUAGUUUUGACAUUGGUUAUGGGGUUAGAAAAUGAGGCCGGUUUAAGAUUGAGUUCCCAUGGGGAUUUGUCGGAGCAUCGAGGCGAGGGAAGGGCGACCCAGGGGUCUUGCUAGAAAGAAAUUAGUAUUAGAGAUGGCUCAUGAAUCUCCAUCGAGACCAGAAGGAAAUACAAGUGGAUAUUCCAUGGUAAAUAGGCAUAUUGAUGUUCUCCGCGCAACCCCUGCCUAUAGCGACGUUGAAAUUUUUGCAUAUGAGGAGAUGAAGUUCGCCACAAAGAAUUUUCGGCCAGACCUAAUUCUAGGGGAGGGCGGUUUUGGUGUUGUAUACAAAGGAUUUAUUGAUCAAAAUGUAAGGCCAGGUUUUAAGCCAAUGCAGGUUGCCAUUAAGGAGCUUAACCGUGAAGGUUUCCAAGGUGACAGGGAAUGGCUGGCAGAAGUCAACUAUCUCGGGCAGCUUAGUCACCCUAAUCUCGUGAAGCUGAUUGGUUAUUGCUGUGAGGAUGAGCACAGGAUGUUAGUAUAUGAAUAUAUGGCAAGUGGGACUCUGGAGAAACAUCUUUUCCGCAGAGUGGGUAGUUCACUGAGUUGGGCGAAAAGAAUGAAAAUUGCUUUAGAUGCUGCAAAGGGACUUGCGUUUCUUCAUGGUGCAGAAACACCUAUCAUAUAUCGUGAUUUGAAGUCAUCAAAUAUCUUACUUGAUACAGAUUUCAAUGCAAAGCUUUCAGAUUUUGGCCUUGCAAAAGAAGGACCUAUGGGAGAUCAAACUCAUGUGUCAACAAGAGUGAUGGGUACAUAUGGAUAUGCUGCUCCCGAAUAUGUAAUGACUGGACAUUUAACUGCCCGAAGUGAUGUUUAUGGAUUUGGGGUGGUUCUACUUGAGAUCCUUAUUGGCAGGAGAGUAAUGGACAAGAACAGACCAAGUCGAGAGCACAACCUGGUUGAGUGGGCUCGCCCGCUCUUGAACCACAACAAGAAAAUUUUGAAGAUAUUGGAUCCUAGAAUAGAAGGACAAUAUUCAACUAAAACUGCAAUGAAGGUUGCUAAUUUGACUUACCAAUGUCUGAGCCAAAAUCCAAAAGGCAGACCCCCUAUGAGCCAGGUGGUACAAAUGCUGGAGGGCUUUCAAUGUCCGAAAGAUACCGAUUCUGGUACCGUGCUUCACGGUGGAGUCGAUGACCUAAUUCUCAGUCCGAACACAUCUCACAGUACACAAUAGAAACUGAAUAAGAAAAGGAAAAAAAAAAAAAAAGAAACAAUGAAAGAAAAACUGAAGGACAUGGAAACAGGCUGAGACACAAGAAGCAAAAGUGGACACUGGAAUGAACUCGAUCUUUGUCGUCGCCCCUCUUCGAACUGUUCCCUCGAAAA